GUAAAACACGCACACACACACUCCAAAUUAUUUGCGAUGCAAGAUGAGAAGUUGCUUGUUUACCACCAUGGCUCAACCACCAGACGACUGAAGUUUACAGAAUUAAAUUAAUCCACCAAUAACACUAGAAAGAUCAGGCAUUACAUGGGCACCUGUUCAACCAGUAGCCUUGUCAAGCCAUGACGGAAUCCAGAGACUAUGUUGGAGACUUUCUCACUGAAUUUAAGCAUGAAAUCAUUGUACGAGCAAGACAAGUCAGCGACAUCACAGAGGCAGUCUUCUCCCAAAGUCUGAUUCAUGACAGGGCAGUUCGUCAAAUCCAGGCUGCUCUGACUGAGCAGGAGGCGAUGACGCUUCUUUUUGAGGCCCUGGAAAGAGCACCUUCCCAACAUAGAGUGUCCUUCCACCUGAUACUUAGAAUGAAUGAACCUGAGCUUAUUCACGAACUAGAAUGGAGACAACAAAACAGCAAGUAUACGCAGACUGAAGAGGAUAUAUCAUAUGGAGAGAAAAAAGAGGAAGGCUAUAAGAGUGGACACAAGGCUGACUCAGAGACAAAGAAAGAUUCACUGAUGAGAAGAAGACUGGCGACAAUGGAGCAGGAGAUAAACCAUGAAACCAUGAAGGACAACCUUGAGCAAAUGAGAGCUGACCUGCAAAGAGAAAUAAAUGUUCUAGAAGACAUGCAUAUUGAACUUGUCAGAGAGAGACAGAACUGUGAUAAUGUACAAGCUGAGGUUCAGAAAGCAAAACAAGAAAUUGAGAAGAGCAAGGAAGGACUGAAACUUGAGACAGAUCGCCUAAACCAACUGACUGCUGAAAUGCUUAAAGAGAAAGAACUCCUGGAGAACAGACAUAAAGAGACCCUUAGGGAAAGUCAAUUGUUUUAUAGGAAGAAGGAAGAGUUGAAUAAAAACAUAGAGGUGAUGAGGAAUGAAAUAAAGCAUAUGCAAGAAAUGAAAAUGGAGUUAAUGAGACAGAAGGAGGAUGUGGAGGCCAAACUAGAGAAGGCAACAAAGGAAAUACAUGAACUCGAACAGCUGAAGAUAGAGCUACAGAGGCAGAAUGAGGAAACUGAGAACAAAUUCAUACAGACAAAGAGCAAUAUGGACGAAUUUGAACAGAUGAAGGCUGAAAUACUAAAGCAAAAAGAGGAUCUUGAGAACAAAAUGCGACUUGUGAAAACAGAGGCAGAAAAGGUGCAACAGAUGAAGGAGGAAAUACAACAACAAAGAAAAGAAUUAGAAGAAAGGAUACAGUGGGCAAAAGGCCAGAUGGAAGAGAUGGAACUUAUGAAAAAAGAGAUAGACAGGAAGAGAAAAGACCUUGACCAAAAGAUGAAGCAGACUGCUAGGAGAAAGGGUGAAAUAGACAGAAUGAGAGUGGAAAUACAGAAAGAAAAAGUAGAAAUGGAACGCAAAAGGGAUGAAAUACAAAAAGUAAGAGAGGACUUCCAGAUUAAGGUACAUACAGAAGAAAAAGAAGGGAUAAAUGUGAAGAUUGUUAAUCUCAUUUAUCAAAUUGAAAGAACCAGAAAAAUUGUAUGCGAUGCAACAUUUGAUAUGGAAAACAGAAUGGCAGAAAACCAACUAGGAGCAGUAGAAGUAAAUAAGAUGAAAGGUGAAAUGCAGAGACUUCUUGUAGAAAUUGAACACAUCAGAGAAAUGUUACAAUGGCUGAAAACAGAAAUGGAGCAAAGCAAGGAGGUCCUUAGGAGAGAGAAGGGAGAGAUACGAUUGUUAAAGCUUGAGAUCCAACGAAGAAGAAGAGACCUUGUAAAGAAAGAAGAAAAGAACAUGAGAGAACGUGGUGACUUAGAAAUCAUGAGUGCCAAGAUACAGCAACAAAAGAAAGAACUGGCAGGAACUUUGGAAGAAAUACAAAAAAAUAAAACAAGGCAGGCAAGGGAAGGUGUGCAAAAAACUAUGGAUGAAACAGAACAUGCUAAAGAGAGGAAAGGCAGGACAGUUGAUAAACUUUUACUUGAACAAAGAGAGGCUGAACUGAAUAAUCAAAAACAAAUUCUGGAGAACAAUUUAAGGGAAAUGAUCAAGGAAAGAAGUAAUCUUGGCAAGAUGAGAAUGGAACUUGAGAUUCAAAGGCAUGAAAUGGAAAACAACAUGAAAGAGAUAAAACAGAAGAAAGAGGAGCUUGAUCAGUUGACAAAAUACAUAGAUAUGGAGAAAAAAGACAUUGAAAAGAACAGGCUCUUAAAUGAUAAUAUGAGAAAUGAGCUAGAAUUAAUGAAGGCAAAAUUGAAUGCUGAACAAGAAAUGAUCAUCAUUGAAAAACAAGAGAUACGGAAUGAGAGAAAAAGUUUUGAGCAGUCAAAGGCAUCUAUGCAGAGCGAAAUGCAGAACAUGAAGAGUGAUCUGGAAAAAGCCACGAUGGAAAUACAAAACCUGGAUGAAAUUAAGACAAGAUUAGAAAAAGAAAAAGAGCAAUGUGGGAUCAUUGUUGAAGACACAAAUCAACAGAAGGAUGCCUUGGAGAAGAUGGCUGCUGAAAUAGCAAAGCAAAAGAAAGAUAUUGAGACAAACAAAGCCCUUCUUGAAAAAGAGAAAAAUAUCCUGGACAACAAGUGGCAGGAUUUACAGAAAAGAGAUGAGGAGUUACAACUACAAAUCACAAGUCAAAGGGGAAAAGAGGACAGUGAACAAAUGGCAAUUGAGGAGCAGAGAAAAGCAUUAGAAAGGGAAAGUAGUAAGAUCAACCAACAAAAAGAAGAGGCAGAAAAAGAAAGGGAAGAUAUAUUGAAGAAUCGGAAAGAACUUGACACUCUUAAAGAGCAAAUACUAAAAGAGAGGAAUGAAAUGAAGGAAAUCAAAAACAAGAUAAUAAUGGACAAACUGUUACUUGACCAAAGAGAGACUGAAAUCCAACAACAAAAGAAAAUUCUGGAGGACAAUAUGAAAGAGAUUGUUGAGGAUAGAAAUAAUCUGGAUAAGAUGAAAUUGGAAUCUGAAGCAAAGAUAGAAGAAAUGGUCAGGGAGAAGAUGAAGCAGGAGAGAAAGGAACUUGAUCAGUUGAUGAAUUACUUGCAAAUAGAAAAAAUGAAUAUGGAAAAGAACAUAUCCCUAAACAACAGUUUGAAAAAUGAACUAGAAGAAAUGAAGGUGAAACUGAACGCUGAACAAGAAGUUAUCACCCGUGAAAAACACAAGAUAGAGAAUGAGAGAAAAAGGUUUCAGUUAUCAGAGGCAUCUAUGCAGAGAGAAAUCGAGGACAUGAAGAAUGCUUUGGAAAAGGCCAGGAUAGACAUGCAAGAACUUGAGGAAAAACUAGAACAAGAAAAAGAACAAUUUAGAAUUCACGUUGAAGAAAUAAAUCAGAAGAUGGAGGACCUGGAUUUAAUGGCUGCAGCAACAUCAGGACAAAAUAUAGAAGCUGAGAAAAAUAAAGGUAUGGAAACUGAGUUAAGGAGACAGAAGGAAGAUGUGGAGGCCAAAACAGAAAAGGUAAUGAAGGAAAUGUAUAAACUUGAACAGUUGAGGGUAGACCUGCAGAGACAGAAAGAUGAGUUCGAGAACAAAAUUGUAGAGACUAAGAGCGAGACCAAUAAAAUUGAGCAGAUGAAGGCUGAGAUACUAAAGCAAAAGGGUGAUGUUGAAGAAAAAAUGUGUCUUGUGAAAACAGAGAUGGAAAAGGUGCAACAGGUCAAGGAGGAAAUUCAACAACAAAGAAAUGACCUGGAGGAAAGGAUGCAGAGGGUAAAACGAGAGAUGGAAGAAAUGGAACUUGUGAAAAAAGAGAUGGAAAGGAAGAGAAAAGAACUUAACCAAUGGAUGAAGCAAGUAACAAGGAAAAAAGAUGAGCUAGACCAAAUAAGGGUGGAAAUCCAGAAAGAAAAAGAAGAAAUGGAAUGCAAAAGGGUAGAAGUUGAGAAGAAGAGAUAUGAUAUAGAAUGUGUUAAAGCUGAAAUACAAAGAACAAAAGAUGAAUUUGAGAAUAAUGUUGAAGAAGUCACUUCAGAAAUGGAAGAAAAAGAAGAGAUAAGUACUGAGAUUAUCAGCCUUAUUGACAUGAUUGAACGAACUAGAGAAAUUGUAUGGGACAGCAAGAUUCUCUUUGAAAACAGCAUGGCAGAAAGCCAACUACAAGCAGUAGAGGAAAAUAUGAUGAAUACAGAAAUGGAGAGACUUGUUACAGAAAUUGAACACAUUAGAGAGAUGCUGCAACAACUUAAGUUAGAAAUGGAGCAAAGUAAGGAGGUCCUUAGGAGAGAGAAAGAAGAGAUUAAAAUGUUAAAGACAGAGAUGCAACGAAGACAAAGAGACCUUGAAAACAAAGCAGAAAAGAACAUGAGAGAACGAGGUGACUUAGAAGUGAUGAGUGCCAAAAUAAAGCAACAAAAGGAAGCGUUGGAGGCAACAUUGGAAGAAAUACGAAAAAAUAAAGCAAGGCAGACAAGGCAAGAUGCGCAAAGAUCAUUGGAUGAAACGGAGGGUGACAAAGAGGGAAAAAGCAAGGCACUUGGUCAACUGCUAUGUCAGGAAAGAGACAAUGAACUGGAUCAACAAAACCAAAUUCUGGAGAUCAAUUUAGGAGAAAUGCUGGAGGAGAAAUGUAAACUUGGAAAGAUGAGAAUGGAACUUGAAACUCAAAUAAAACAAAUGGAAAAUGACAGGAAAGAGAUAAAACAGAAGAGACAGGAUCUUGAUCAGUUGUUAAACAACAUAAACACGGAAAAAAAAGACUUAGAAAAGAACAAACUCAUGAACGAUAAUUUGAGAAAUGAGAUAGAGGAAAUGAAGGUGAGACUGAACGCUGAACAAGAAGUUAUCACCCUUGAAAAACACAAGAUAGAGAAUGAGAGAAAAAGGUUUCAGUUAUCAGAGGCAUCUAUGCAGAGAGAAAUCGAGGACAUGAAGAAUGCUUUGAAAAAGGCCAGGAUAGACAUGCAAGAACUUGAGAAAAAACUAGAACAAGAAAAAGAACAAUAUAGAAUUAAAAUUAUAGAGACUAAUAGCAAGACCAAUAAAAUUGAGCAGAUGAAGGCUGAGAUACUAAGGCAAAAGGGUGAUGUUGAAGAAAAAAUGUGUCUUGUGAAAACAGAGAUGGAAAAGGUGCAACAGGUCAAGGAGGAAAUUCAACAACAAAGAAAUGACCUGGAGGAAAGGAUGCAGAGGGUAAAACGAGAGAUGGAAGAAAUGGAACUUGUGAAAAAAGAGAUGGAAAGGAAGAGAAAAGAACUUAACCAAAGGAUGAAGCAAGUAACAAGGAAAAAAGAUGAGCUAGACCAAAUAAAAGUGGAAAUCCAGAAAGAAAAAGAAGAAAUGGAAUGCAAAAGGGUAGAAGUUGAGAAGAAGAGAUAUGAGAUAGAAUGUGUUAAAGCUGAAAUACAAAGAACAAAAGAUGAAUUUGAGAAUAACGUUGAAGCAGUCACUCCAGAAAUGGAAGAAAAAGAAGAGAUAAGUACUGAGAUUAUCAGCCUUAUUGACAUGAUUGAACGAACUAGAGAAAUUGUAUGGGACAGCAAGAUUCUCUUUGAAAACAGCAUGGCAGAAAGCCAACUACAAGCAGUAGAGGAAAAUAUGAUGAAUACAGAAAUGGAGAUACUUGUUACAGAAAUUGAACAUAUUAGAGAGAUGCUGCAACAACUUAAGUUAGAAAUGGAGCAAAGUAAGGAGGUCCUUAGGAGAGAGAAAGAAGAGAUUAAAAUGUUAAAGACAGAGAUGCAACGAAGACAAAGAGACCUUGAAAACAAAGCAGAAAAGAACAUGAGAGAACGAGGUGACUUAGAAGUGAUGAGUGCCAAAAUAAAGCAACAAAAGGAAGUGUUGGAGGCAACAUUGGAAGAAAUACGAAAAAAUAAAGCAAGGCAGACAAGGCAAGAUGCGCAAAGAUCAUUGGAUGAAACGGAGUGUGACAAAGAGGGAAAAAGUGAGGCACUUGAUAAACUAAUACUUCACAAAAGAGAGAAUGAACCGAAUGAACACAAACAAAUUCGGGAACAGAAUUUGAGGGAAAUGCUGGAGGAGAAAAGUGAACUUGGAAAGAUAAGAAUGGAACUUGAAAUUCAAAUAAAACAAAUGGAAAAUGACAGGAAUGAGAUGAAACAGGAGAAACAGGAACUUGAUCAGCUGACAAACAAAAUAAAUAUGGAGAAAAAAGACUUAGAAAAGAACAGACUCAUGAAUGGUAAUUUGAGAAAUGAGCUAGAAGAAAUGAAGGUGAAACUGAAUGCAGAACAAAAAGUCAUCACCGUUGAAAAACAAAAGGUAGAGAAAGAGAGAAAAAAGAUUGACCAAUCAAAGACAUCUAUGCAGAGCGAAAUGCAGGACAUGAAGAACGCGUUGGAAAAAGCCAUGAUGGAAUUACAACACCUGGAUGAAAUUAAGACAAGAUUAGCCCAAGAAAAAGAAGAAUGUAGGAUCACUAUUGAAGACACAAACCAACAGAAGGAUGCCUUGGAGAAGAUGGCCGCUGAAACAGAAAUGCAAAAACAAGACAUUGAGAAUAACAAAGCCUUUCUUGAUAAAGAGAAACAUGACCUUGAAAAUAAAUGGAUGGAUCUGGAGGAAAGAGAGAUGGAGUUGCAAUCGCAAAUUAGAAGCCAAAGGGAAAAAGAAGAUAGUGAAAAAUUGGCAAUGGAGGAACAGAGAAAGGCACUGGAAAAAGAAAUUAGUAAGAUCAACCAACAAAAAGAAGAGGCAGAAAAAGAAAGGGAAGACAUACUGAAGAACUGGAAAGAAAUUCACACUUUCAAAGAGCAAAUUAAAAAAGAGAAGGAUGAAAUGGAGGAAAUCCAAAAGAAGAUGUUAACAGACAAACUGCUACUUGACCAAAAGGAGACAGAAAUGAAAGACCAAAAACAAAUUCUGGCCGACAAUUUGAAAGAAAUGAUGAAGGAUAGAUCAAGUCUGGACAAGAUGAAAUUGGAACUUGAAUUGCAGAAACAGGAAAUGGAAAACACUAUCAGGGAGAAGAUGAAGCACGAGAGAGAAGAACUUGAUCAGUUCAUGAAAGAAGUAACCAUGCAGAAGCAAGAAGUUGAAGAUCAAAUGUCUAUAAGCAACAAUUUGAAAAAUGAGCUAGAAGAAAUAAAAGUCAAACUGAAUGUGGAACAAGAAGCUAUCACUCUUGAAAAACAACAAAUAGAGAAUGAGAGAAAAAUGGUCGACCAAUCAAAGGCAUCUAUGCAGCGCGAAAUGCAGGACAUGAAGAACGCGUUGGAAAAAGCCAUGAUGGAAUUACAAAACCUGGAUGAAAUUAAGACAAGAUUAGCCCAGGAAAAAGAAGAAUGUAGGAUCACUGUUGAAGACACAAACCAACAGAAGGAUGCCUUGGAGAAGAUGGCCGCUGAAAUAGAAAUGCAAAAACAAGACAUUGAGACUAACAAAGUCCUUCUUGAUAAAGAGAAACAUGACCUUGAAAAGAAAUGGUUGGAUCUGGAGGAAAGAGAGGUGAAGUUGCAAACGCAAAUUAGAAGCGAAAGGGAAAAAGAAGAUAGUGAAAAAUUGGCAAUGGAGGAACAGAGAAAGGCACUGGAAAAAGAAAUUAGUAAGAUCAACCAACAAAAAGAAGAAGCAGAAAAAGAAAGGGAAGACAUACUGAAGAACUGGAAAGAAAUUCACACUUUCAAAGAGCAAAUUAAAAAAGAGAAGGAUGAAAUGGAGGAAAUCCAAAAGAAGAUGUUAACAGACAAACUGCUACUUGACCAAAAGGAGACAGAAAUGAAAGACCAAAAACAAAUUCUGGCCAACAAUUUGAAAGAAAUGAUGAAGGAUAGAUCAAGUCUGGACAAGAUGAAAUUGGAACUUGAAUUGCAGAAACAGGAAAUGGAAAACACUAUCAGGGAGAAGAUGAAGCACGAGAGAGAAGAACUUGAUCAGUUCAUGAAAGAAAUAACCAUGCAGAAGCAAGAAAUUGAAGAUCAAAUGUCUAUAAGCAACAAUUUGAAAAAUGAGCUAGAAGAAAUAAAAGUCAAACUGAAUGUGGAACAAGAAGCUAUCACUCUUGAAAAACAACAAAUAGAGAAUGAGAGAAAAAUGGUCGACCAAUCAAAGGCAUCUAUGCAGAGCGAAAUGCAGGACAUGAAGAACGCGUUGGAAAAAGCCAUGAUGGAAUUACAAAACCUGGAUGAAAUUAAGACAAGAUUAGCCCAGGAAAAAGAAGAAUGUAGGAUCACUGUUGAAGACACAAACCAACAGAAGGAUGCCUUGGAGAAGAUGGCCACUGAAAUAGAAAUGCAAAAGCAAGACAUUGAGAAUAACAAAAUCCUUCUUGAUAAAGAGAAACAUGACCUUGAAAAGAAAUGGAUGGAUCUGGAGGAAAGAGAGGUGGACUUGCAAUCGCAAAUUAGAAGCCAAAGGGAAAAAGAAGAUAGUGAAAAAUUGGCAAUGGAGGAACAGAGAAAGGCACUGGAAAAAGAAAUUAGUAAGAUCAACCAACAAAAAGAAGAGGCAGAAAAAGAAAGGGAAGACAUACUGAAGAACUGGAAAGAAAUUCACACUUUCAAAGAGCAAAUUAAAAAAGAGAAGGAUGAAAUGGAGGAAAUCCAAAAGAAGAUGUUAACAGACAAACUGCUACUUGACCAAAAGGAGACAGAAAUGAAAGACCAAAAACAAAUUCUGGCCGACAAUUUGAAAGAAAUGAUGAAGGAUAGAUCAAGUCUGGACAAGAUGAAAUUGGAACUUGAAUUGCAGAAACAGGAAAUGGAAAACACUAUCAGGGAGAAGAUGAAGCACGAGAGAGAAGAACUUGAUCAGUUCAUGAAAGAAGUAACCAUGCAGAAGCAAGAAGUUGAAGAUCAAAUGUCUAUAAGCAACAAUUUGAAAAAUGAGCUAGAAGAAAUAAAAGUCAAACUGAAUGUGGAACAAGAAGCUAUCACUCUUGAAAAACAACAAAUAGAGAAUGAGAGAAAAAUGGUCGACCAAUCAAAGGCAUCUAUGCAGCGCGAAAUGCAGGACAUGAAGAACGCGUUGGAAAAAGCCAUGAUGGAAUUACAAAACCUGGAUGAAAUUAAGACAAGAUUAGCCCAGGAAAAAGACAAAUGUAGGAUCACUGUUGAAGACACAAACCAACAGAAGGAUGCCUUGGAGAAGAUGGCCGCUGAAAUAGAAAUGCAAAAACAAGACAUUGAGACUAACAAAGUCCUUCUUGAUAAAGAGAAACAUGACCUUGAAAAGAAAUGGUUGGAUCUGGAGGAAAGAGAGGUGAAGUUGCAAACGCAAAUUAGAAGCGAAAGGGAAAAAGAAGAUAGUGAAAAAUUGGCAAUGGAGGAACAGAGAAAGGCACUGGAAAAAGAAAUUAGUAAGAUCAACCAACAAAAAGAAGAAGCAGAAAAAGAAAGGGAAGACAUACUGAAGAACUGGAAAGAAAUUCACACUUUCAAAGAGCAAAUUAUAAAAGAGAAGGAUGAAAUGGAGGAAAUCCAAAAGAAGAUGUUAACAGACAAACUGCUACUUGACCAAAAGGAGACAGAAAUAAAAGACCAAAAACAAAUUCUGGCCAACAAUUUGAAAGAAAUGAUGAAGGAUAGAUCAAGUCUGGACAAGAUGAAAUUGGAACUUGAAUUGCAGAAACAGGAAAUGGAAAACACUAUCAGGGAGAAGAUGAAGCACGAGAGAGAAGAACUUGAUCAGUUCAUGAAAGAAAUAACCAUGCAGAAGCAAGAAAUUGAAGAUCAAAUGUCUAUAAGCAACAAUUUGAAAAAUGAGCUAGAAGAAAUAAAAGUCAAACUGAAUGUGGAACAAGAAGCUAUCACUCUUGAAAAACAACAAAUAGAGAAUGAGAGAAAAAUGGUCGACCAAUCAAAGGCAUCUAUGCAGAGCGAAAUGCAGGACAUGAAGAACGCGUUGGAAAAAGCCAUGAUGGAAUUACAAAACCUGGAUGAAAUUAAGACAAGAUUAGCCCAGGAAAAAGAAGAAUGUAGGAUCACUGUUGAAGACACAAACCAACAGAAGGAUGCCUUGGAGAAGAUGGCCGCUGAAAUAGAAAUGCAAAAGCAAGACAUUGAGAAUAACAAAAUCCUUCUUGAUAAAGAGAAACAUGACCUUGAAAAGAAAUGGAUGGAUCUGGAGGAAAAAGAGGUGGACUUGCAAUCGCAAAUUAGAAGCCAAAGGGAAAAAGAAGAUAGUGAAAAAUUGGCAAUGGAGGAACAGAGAAAGGCACUGGAAAAAGAAAUUAGUAAGAUCAACCAACAAAAAGAAGAGGCAGAAAAAGAAAGGGAAGACAUACUGAAGAACUGGAAAGAAAUUCACACUUUCAAAGAGCAAAUUAAAAAAGAGAAGGAUGAAAUGGAGGAAAUCAAAAAGAAGAUGUUAACAGACAAACUGCUACUUGACCAAAAGGAGACAGAAAUGAAAGACCAUAAACAAAUUCUGGCCGACAAUUUGAAAGAAAUAAUGAAGGAUAGAUCAAGUCUGGACAAGAUGAAAUUGGAACUUGAAUUGCAGAAACAGGAAAUGGAAAACACUAUCAGGGAGAAGAUGAAGCACGAGAGAGAAGAACUUGAUCAGUUCAUGAAAGAAGUAACCAUGCAGAAGCAAGAAGUUGAAGAUCAAAUGUCUAUAAGCAACAAUUUGAAAAAUGAGCUAGAAGAAAUAAAAGUCAGACUGAAUAUGGAACAAGAAGCUAUCACUCUUGAAAAACAACAAAUAGAGAAUGAGAGAAAAAUGGUCGACCAAUCAAAGGCAUCUAUGCAGCGCGAAAUGCAGGACAUGAAGAACGCGUUGGAAAAAGCCAUGAUGGAAUUACAAAACCUGGAUGAAAUUAAGACAAGAUUAGCCCAGGAAAAAGAAGAAUGUAGGAUCACUGUUGAAGACACAAACCAACAGAAGGAUGCCUUGGAGAAGAUGGCCGCUGAAAUAGAAAUGCAAAAGCAAGACACUGAGACUAACAAAGUCCUUCUUGAAAAAGAGAAACAUGACCUUGAAAAGAAAUGGAUGGAUCUGGAGGAAAGAGAGAUGGAGUUGCAAUCGCAAAUUAGAAGCCAAAGGGAAAAAGAAGAUAGUGAAAAAUUGGCAAUGGAGGAACAGAGAAAGGCACUGGAAAAAGAAAUUAGUAAGAUCAACCAACAAAAAGAAGAGGCAGAAAAAGAAAGGGAAGACAUACUGAAGAACUGGAAAGAACUUCACACAUUCAAAGAGCAAAUGAUAAAAGAGAAGGAUGAAAUGGAGGAAAUCAAAAAGAAGAUGUUAACAGACAAACUGCUACUUGACCAAAAGGAGACAGAAAUGAAAGACCAAAAACAAAUUCUGGCCGACAAUUUGAAAGAAAUAAUGAAGGAUAGAUCAAGUCUGGACAAGAUGAAAUUGGAACUUGAAUUGCAGAAACAGGAAAUGGAAAACACUAUCAGGGAGAAGAUGAAGCACGAGAGAGAAGAACUUGAUCAGUUCAUGAAAGAAGUAACCAUGCAGAAGCAAGAAGUUGAAGAUCAAAUGUCUAUAAGCAACAAUUUGAAAAAUGAGCUAGAAGAAAUAAAAGUCAAACUGAAUAUGGAACAAGAAGCUAUCACUCUUGAAAAACAACAAAUAGAGAAUGAGAGAAAAAUGGUCGACCAAUCAAAGGCAUCUAUGCAGCGCGAAAUGCAGGACAUGAAGAACGCGUUGGAAAAAGCCAUGAUGGAAUUACAAAACCUGGAUGAAAUUAAGACAAGAUUAGCCCAGGAAAAAGAAGAAUGUAGGAUCACUGUUGAAGACACAAACCAACAGAAGGAUGCCUUGGAGAAGAUGGCCGCUGAAAUAGAAAUGCAAAAACAUGACAAUGAGAAUAACAAAGCCCUUCUUGAUAAAGAGAAACAUGACCUUGAAAAGAAAUGGAUGGAUCUGGAGGAAAGAGAGGUGGACUUGCAAUCGCAAAUUAGAAGCCAAAGGGAAAAAGAAGAUAGUGAAAAAUUGGCAAUGGAGGAACAGAGAAAGGCACUGGAAAAAGAAAUUAGUAAGAUCAACCAACAAAAAGAAGAGGCAGAAAAAGAAAGGGAAGACAUACUGAAGAACUGGAAAGAAAUUCACACUUUCAAAGAGCAAAUUAAAAAAGAGAAGGAUGAAAUGGAGGAAAUCCAAAAGAAGAUGUUAACAGACAAACUGCUACUUGACCAAAAGGAGACAGAAAUGAAAGACCAAAAACAAAUUCUGGCCAACAAUUUGAAAGAAAUGAUGAAGGAUAGAUCAAGUCUGGACAAGAUGAAAUUGGAACUUGAAUUGCAGAAACAGGAAAUGGAAAACACUAUCAGGGAGAAGAUGAAGCACGAGAGAGAAGAACUUGAUCAGUUCAUGAAAGAAAUAACCAUGCAGAAGCAAGAAAUUGAAGAUCAAAUGUCUAUAAGCAACAAUUUGAAAAAUGAGCUAGAAGAAAUAAAAGUCAAACUGAAUGUGGAACAAGAAGCUAUCACUCUUGAAAAACAACAAAUAGAGAAUGAGAGAAAAAUGGUCGACCAAUCAAAGGCAUCUAUGCAGCGCGAAAUGCAGGACAUGAAGAACGCGUUGGAAAAAGCCAUGAUGGAAUUACAAAACCUGGAUGAAAUUAAGACAAGAUUAGCCCAGGAAAAAGAAGAAUGUAGGAUCACUGUUGAAGACACAAACCAACAGAAGGAUGCCUUGGAGAAGAUGGCCGCUGAAAUAGAAAUGCAAAAACAUGACAAUGAGAAUAACAAAGCCCUUCUUGAAAAAGAGAAAUAUGACCUUGAAAAGAAAUGGAUGGAUCUGGAGGAAAGAGAGGUGGAGUUGCAAUCGCAAAUUAGAAGCCAAAGGGAAAAUGAAGAUAGUGAAAAAUUGGCAAUGGAGGAACAGAGAAAGGCACUGGAAAAAGAAAUUAGUAAGAUCAACCAACAAAAAGAAGAGGCAGAAAAAGAAAGGGAAGACAUACUGAAGAACUGGAAAGAACUUCACACAUUCAAAGAGCAAAUGAUAAAAGAGAAGGAUGAAAUGGAGGAAAUCCAAAAGAAGAUGUUAACAGACAAACUGCUACUUGACCAAAAGGAGACAGAAAUGAAAGACCAAAAACAAAUUCUGGCCGACAAUUUGAAAGAAAUAAUGAAGGAUAGAUCAAGUCUGGACAAGAUGAAAUUGGAACUUGAAUUGCAGAAACAGGAAAUGGAAAACACUAUCAGGGAGAAGAUGAAGCACGAGAGAGAAGAACUUGAUCAGUUCAUGAAAGAAGUAACCAUGCAGAAGCAAGAAGUUGAAGAUCAAAUGUCUAUAAGCAACAAUUUGAAAAAUGAGCUAGAAGAAAUAAAAGUCAAACUGAAUGUGGAACAAGAAGCUAUCACUCUUGAAAAACAACAAAUAGAGAAUGAGAGAAAAAUGGUCGACCAAGCAAAGGCAUCUAUGCAGAGCGAAAUGCAGGACAUGAAGAACGCGUUGGAAAAAGCCAUGAUGGAAUUACAAAACCUGGAUGAAAUUACAACAAGAUUAGCCCAGGAAAAAGAAGAAUGUAGGAUCACUGUUGAAGACACAAACCAACAGAAGGAUGCCUUGGAGAAGAUGGCCGCUGAAAUAGAAAUGCAAAAGCAAGACAUUGAGACUAACAAAGUCCUUCUUGAUAAAGAGAAACAUGACCUUGAAAAGAAAUGGAUGGAUCUGGAGGAAAGAGAGGUGGACUUGCAAUCGCAAAUUAGAAGCCAAAGGGAAAAUGAAGAUAGUGAAAAAUUGGCAAUGGAGGAACAGAGAAAGGCACUGGAAAAAGAAAUUAGUAAGAUCAACCAACAAAAAGAAGAGGCAGAAAAAGAAAGGGAAGACAUACUGAAGAACUGGAAAGAACUUCACACAUUCAAAGAGCAAAUGAUAAAAGAGAAGGAUGAAAUGGAGGAAAUCCAAAAGAAGAUGUUAACAGACAAACUGCUACUUGACCAAAAGGAGACAGAAAUGAAAGACCAAAAACAAAUUCUGGCCGACAAUUUGAAAGAAAUGAUGAAGGAUAGAUCAAGUCUGGACAAGAUGAAAUUGGAACUUGAAUUGCAGAAACAGGAAAUGGAAAACACUAUCAGGGAGAAGAUGAAGCACGAGAGAGAAGAACUUGAUCAGUUCAUGAAAGAAGUAACCAUGCAGAAGCAAGAAGUUGAAGAUCAAAUGUCUAUAAGCAACAAUUUGAAAAAUGAGCUAGAAGAAAUAAAAGUCAAACUGAAUGUGGAACAAGAAGCUAUCACUCUUGAAAAACAACAAAUAGAGAAUGAGAGAAAAAUGGUCGACCAAUCAAAGGCAUCUAUGCAGCGCGAAAUGCAGGACAUGAAGAACGCGUUGGAAAAAGCCAUGAUGGAAUUACAAAACCUGGAUGAAAUUAAGACAAGAUUAGCCCAGGAAAAAGAAGAAUGUAGGAUCACUGUUGAAGACACAAACCAACAGAAGGAUGCCUUGGAGAAGAUGGCCGCUGAAAUAGAAAUGCAAAAACAAGACAUUGAGACUAACAAAGUCCUUCUUGAUAAAGAGAAACAUGACCUUGAAAAGAAAUGGUUGGAUCUGGAGGAAAGAGAGGUGGAGUUGCAAACGCAAAUUAGAAGCGAAAGGGAAAAAGAAGAUAGUGAAAAAUUGGCAAUGGAGGAACAGAGAAAGGCACUGGAAAAAGAAAUUAGUAAGAUCAACCAACAAAAAGAAGAGGCAGAAAAAGAAAGGGAAGACAUACUGAAGAACUGGAAAGAAAUUCACACUUUCAAAGAGCAAAUUAAAAAAGAGAAGGAUGAAAUGGAGGAAAUCCAAAAGAAGAUGUUAACAGACAAACUGCUACUUGACCAAAAGGAGACAGAAAUGAAAGACCAAAAACAAAUUCUGGCCAACAAUUUGAAAGAAAUGAUGAAGGAUAGAUCAAGUCUGGACAAGAUGAAAUUGGAACUUGAAUUGCAGAAACAGGAAAUGGAAAACACUAUCAGGGAGAAGAUGAAGCACGAGAGAGAAGAACUUGAUCAGUUCAUGAAAGAAAUAACCAUGCAGAAGCAAGAAAUUGAAGAUCAAAUGUCUAUAAGCAACAAUUUGAAAAAUGAGCUAGAAGAAAUAAAAGUCAAACUGAAUGUGGAACAAGAAGCUAUCACUCUUGAAAAACAACAAAUAGAGAAUGAGAGAAAAAUGGUCGACCAAUCAAAGGCAUCUAUGCAGCGCGAAAUGCAGGACAUGAAGAACGCGUUGGAAAAAGCCAUGAUGGAAUUACAAAACCUGGAUGAAAUUAAGACAAGAUUAGCCCAGGAAAAAGAAGAAUGUAGGAUCACUGUUGAAGACACAAACCAACAGAAGGAUGCCUUGGAGAAGAUGGCCGCUGAAAUAGAAAUGCAAAAACAAGACAUUGAGACUAACAAAGUCCUUCUUGAUAAAGAGAAACAUGACCUUGAAAAGAAAUGGAUGGAUCUGGAGGAAAGAGAGGUGGAGUUGCAAUCGCAAAUUAGAAGCGAAAGGGAAAAAGAAGAUAGUGAAAAAUUGGCAAUGGAGGAACAGAGAAAGGCACUGGAAAAAGAAAUUAGUAAGAUCAACCAACAAAAAGAAGAGGCAGAAAAAGAAAGGGAAGACAUACUGAAGAACUGGAAAGAACUUCACACUUUCAAAGAGCAAAUUAAAAAAGAGAAGGAUGAAAUGGAGGAAAUCAAAAAGAAGAUGUUAACAGACAAACUGCUACUUGACCAAAAGGAGACAGAAAUGAAAGACCAAAAACAAAUUCUGGCCGACAAUUUGAAAGAAAUGAUGAAGGAUAGAUCAAGUCUGGACAAGAUGAAAUUGGAACUUGAAUUGCAGAAACAGGAAAUGGAAAACACUAUCAGGGAGAAGAUGAAGCACGAGAGAGAAGAACUUGAUCAGUUCAUGAAAGAAGUAACCAUGCAGAAGCAAGAAGUUGAAGAUCAAAUGUCUAUAAGCAACAAUUUGAAAAAUGAGCUAGAAGAAAUAAAAGUCAAACUGAAUGUGGAACAAGAAGCUAUCACUCUUGAAAAACAACAAAUAGAGAAUGAGAGAAAAAUGGUCGACCAAUCAAAGGCAUCUAUGCAGAGCGAAAUGCAGGACAUGAAGAACGCGUUGGAAAAAGCCAUGAUGGAAUUACAAAACCUGGAUGAAAUUAAGACAAGAUUAGCCCAGGAAAAAGAAGAAUGUAGGAUCACUGUUGAAGACACAAACCAACAGAAGGAUGCCUUGGAGAAGAUGGCCGCUGAAAUAGAAAUGCAAAAACAAGACAUUGAGACUAACAAAGUCCUUCUUGAUAAAGAGAAACAUGACCUUGAAAAGAAAUGGUUGGAUCUGGAGGAAAGAGAGGUGGAGUUGCAAUCGCAAAUUAGAAGCGAAAGGGAAAAAGAAGAUAGUGAAAAAUUGGCAAUGGAGGAACAGAGAAAGGCACUGGAAAAAGAAAUUAGUAAGAUCAACCAACAAAAAGAAGAGGCAGAAAAAGAAAGGGAAGACAUACUGAAGAACUGGAAAGAAAUUCACACUUUCAAAGUGCAAAUUAAAAAAGAGAAGGAUGAAAUGGAGGAAAUCCAAAAGAAGAUGUUAACAGACAAACUGCUACUUGACCAAAAGGAGACAGAAAUGAAAGACCAAAAACAAAUUCUGGCCGACAAUUUGAAAGAAAUGAUGAAGGAUAGAUCAAGUCUGGACAAGAUGAAAUUGGAACUUGAGCAAAACAAAAUUAAACUUGACAACGAAAAAGAGGAUGUUGAGUUAAUGAAAGAACAUACUGUUUUUCAAGAAAAACAACUGCAAUUACAAAGAGAAGACCUUACUAUCAGCUUUCUUCCAGCACAAAUAGAGAAACUACAACCUGAUAAAAAGACGAGGGGUUCUGAAUUUCAGAGCAAAGAAUAUAAACAGAGAGUAGUCGAACUCGGAUUCAUUGAGCCACUUCUUCCUGAUGCAGGUCCUUUUCCUUCACUUACAUCUGCAGUGGAUAUUUGUGAGACACAAGUUACUGAAGACCCACAGAUUAUGGAACAGUUACUGAUGCAAGAGCAAGAUGCUGAUGUGGAGGUCACAUCAAGAAAGCUGACCGAGUUCCAACAAAGUGAAUUAACUGAAAUUGCGAAAGAGCUGGAAAAAAGAAUAAAUAGCUUAAGGGAGGAGAAGAAGAUCAUGGCUGUGGAGGUACUGUUUCAGAGGCAGAAACUUGUCCAGUUAAAUGCUGAAAUGGUGAAGAUGAAGAAAGAUUUUGACAUCAAAGUUGAAUUACUACACAGCAAACAUGCUGAGUUGGAACAAAUUAAAUCUGAAAUUCAAAGACAAAAAUUUCUAAUGGGAAAUAUUUAUGUUAGCACAGAUGUGUCUAUUCAAAUGAGACAGGAGGGGAAUAAAGUAGACAAUCAGACUCAGACAAGUGAAAAUGGCAUACUACUAACAGACAAAGUGCUAUCAGUUUCAACUGAAGAAAAACUUGAAACAGAAGAACCUGCUUUUGCAAAAGAACUUGCUAGAAAUGAAACUGAUGUCCUAGUAGAAAUGCUCAAAAUGGAGAGGGAGAAAACACAGGAGAAGGCAGAGGAAAUGGAACUGCUGAUUCAAAAACAGCAGAUUAACCUGGAAAUGAUCUUAGAUGAGAUUAAGCAGAAAAGACAUGAACUGGAUAUGAUUACCAUGGAGAUACAGGGAUUAAGAAGUACGAGUACUGAGAUAAAGAACGAUGAUGUGGAUCAAUUCAAUAUUACACAAGAGCAAGAAGGAACUUUACAGCAUGCAGUGUUUGAGGAGGAAGAGCAAUUUGCAGAAGAAGGGGCUGAAAUGAGAAUGAAAAAGGCAGAGCAAAACACAGCUGGUUCAAGACAUGAAAAUCAUGAAAUAAAAAAAUUACUGGAAUCAUUAAGAACAGAGAAAGACAAAGUGGAGCAGAUUAAGGCUGAACUUCUAGAAAAACAAAAAGAAAUUGAAAACUUAAAAGCACUAACACAGAAACAAAGGGAUGAGUUUGAACUGGCAAAAUGUGAUGCACAACGACAAAUCCAGCAUAUGGAGACUAUUUUAGACGAGUUCAAGAAGGACAACAACAGGGCAAAAGACAUGAUAAAUCAACUUCAAGAUGAAAAGAUAAUCACUGAGGCCCUUCUUGAAGAAGCCAAAAGAAUGACCCAGAACUUGGAACUCAUGAAUGGCAAUUUGCAGACACAGAAACAAGAACUAGAGUACAAUAACCAGUUGUCUGAAAGACAGAAAAGAGAUUUGGAAAUAAAACUACAACACUUGCGGAAGGAAGCUGAUGAAAUGGGCGUUCAGUUGAAAAAGCACAAAGAAAAGGAAAAGACAGAGAAACUGGGAAGAGAUAAAGAGGAAGAUACUCUAGAGGAGCUAAAGAAUGAAUUAAUGAGACAGAGUGAGGAAAUUGCUAAAGAAAAUAGAAAUUUGAGUGUGGUGAAAAGUAAACUUGAUCAGAAGAGGAACGAAUUACAUCAAGAAAAGCAAUAUAUUGAUGACAUGUUGAAGGCUUCAAAGAGGGAGUUGGAAGAGGCACGUGAUGAAAUUGAAACACAGCGACAACAAAUAGAUGAACAUAUCAGAGCAACUAUUAAAGCAGAGAGAGACGAGCUUGAAAAUUUGAGGAAUUACUUACUGAUGGAGAAGAAAGAUAUUGAACAUGCAAAAGAAAAUAUGGCCACAGAAAUGGAGCACAUUGACACCCUUCGUAUGCAGCUAGUCAAUGAAAAAAGACAAAUAGAAAUUGAAAAAGAACAGUUAAAGUUCAAGGAGAACGAUGUUAAAAAGGCUGAGUCUGUACUACAAAGAAAGUCAAACGAUGUAGAGAAACUCAUGGAAAAAACUAAUAAAGAGAGGGAGAUCAUGGAAAAGCAAAAAGAAAAGGAGAGGAUAAAGGCUGUCACUGAAGACAAACAUAAAAAACAAAAAUACAGUGAAGAUGAAUUAGAAAGGCAACAACAAAACCUAAAGAAUGCAAUGGAUGAUCUUACAACAGAGAAAAAUGAAAUAGAUCAAAUGAAAGUGCAAAUACAAAGGCAAAGAGAUGACCUAGAUAAUAUCUUAAAAAAGCAGCAACAAGAAUUUGAGAUCAGGGAGGAUGACAUUCAAAGAGAAAAGGCAUCUUUAGAGAAGAUGAAAGCUGACUUGGUGAGGUUGGCCAAGGAAAUGAAUGCUGAGAAAGAUGAGAUGAGACUGAACAGUGACAAACUUGAAUGUUGGGAGGCAGACCUACUGAAGCAGAGAGUUGAGACUGAGACAAUGAAGAACACUCUGGAAGCUGAGAAAUUUCAGCUUGAGAGAGCACAAGCUGACAUACAACAGUGUCAAUAUGAGAUGGACAACAUUCUGGAAGCCACCAAGAAAGAGAGGUAUGAACUUGAGAAACUGAAGCAUGAAACUGAAAUAAGAAGACUUGAAAUUGAGAACAUGCUGCAUGAGAACCUGAUGGUAGGAAAAGGUGAAUGGGAUACAUUCCAAAUUGAGUUACAACAAGAGAAGAAGGAACUAGAGAGAGACAGACAAGCAUUGAAAAGGUUAACGGAUGAACUUGAGCAAAGAAAAUCAAAUUUGGAUUUAGAAGAAUGGAGAAUUAAGCUGGACAGACAAAAUAUUCAAAAGGAGAUAGAUAGCUUAGAGAUGAUCAAAGCAGAAAUGCAAAGAAAUGUUGCGAAUAUUGAUAAACGCAUGGAGGAGACACGGGUAGAGAAGCUCAGCAUGGAGGAAAUAGCUGUUGUACUGAAAAAGGAAAAGGAGGAUUUUCAAACUACUAUUGAGGAGAUAAAGAGGCGUGAGGUAAAGACACAAACAACGGAAGCCGAGCUAGAACAAAAGAAGCAAGAAAUUCAAGGCAGCCUACAGUCGCUUCAAGGAGAAAAGAAUGUGCUGGAGAGAAGCAAAGCAGAGAUUAAGACACUCACCCAAGAACUUGAAAAGCAGAUCGCCAAACAAAGGGAAGAAGAGUACAUGACAAAGAAAAAAUUACAAAAUGACAGGGAGAUUCUUGAGCAGCUGAAGACUGACAUAGAAAUACAGAGAGAAACUAUGGAAAAUGAAAAGAGCAAAAUCAGACUCAAAACACAUGAACUAGAAACCAAACAGAAAAAAAUGGAAGAAGAAUGGAAGAAACUAGAAGACUGCAGAAAUAAGGUUCUCGUGGAAAGAACUUGGCUUGAGAAGAGACACCAAGAACUAGAGGGGCUGGAGAAUAUCAGUGAAGAAAUAGAGAGGAAGAAGAAAGAUCUGGAGACAAUUAAUGCUAAGAUACAAAGAUGCCAACAAGACAUAAUAAACAAAAAAAGCCAGUUUGAAAAGGAAAUGACUUUAAUGCAACAGAAAAAAAACAAGGAUGUGGAUGAUCUAGAAUUCAAGGUGAAACGAGCGAAAAAAGAGACUGAGAACAGAAUCCUAGAAAAAGAAAAAAUAUUUGAGCAAUUUGAUGACGAAAGAGAUGUACGAAGAACUGAACGGAGGAAAAAGGAACUAGAGUUAGCAGACCUCCAUGAACACUGGGAUGACCUGGUAGAGCUGAAGAGCAUGGACACCAAGGAGAGGAAUGAGCUUGAAACAAGACAGACUGAACUAAGCAAGUGGCAACACGAUUCUGAUGACCUUUCAGAAGCCAUUUCAGGGGAGAGUUAUGAGAUGGAAAGAAACAAAUGUGAAGUUGAUGGAGGGAGAACUACAUUCAAUCAAAGAGAGAAUGAGGACAAGGAAAAAUCUAAAGACCUGAGGGUAACGAAAAGUCAUACAGAAACUGACAGAGCUGAUUUAGAGGGGCCAGAUCACACGCUCGUGACAAUCAAAAUAGAUGCUCAAACUCAAACCUAUAUGGAAGACAUGGAGGAAAGGUUUGACAGAGGAGCUGUGCAAGUAGAACAAGACAUUUGUCAAGAAUUUGACAGUAAACUACAAAGUGAAGAGAUGGGAAUGAAAAGUAAUGGUAUGGAGCAGAUUCAGCUAGAAUGCCAGAGGCUGAGAUACGAAGCAGACUGUUUAACACAAAUUUGUCAAAGCAGAAGACAAGAACUGCAGCAAAUAGAAGAUGUUAUACAAAAACAAAGUGAGAAAAUGAGAAGAAAUGAGAAGAUACAAGAGAUCAAUGUCAGACAAACAUAUAAAGAGAAGGCAAAAGACAAAUGCAUGCAGUGUAAACUGGAAAAAGAAAUGAAAGAUACAGGAACCAUGACAGAGCUUAGUACUGAUGCCAAAGACAUUGAGGGAAAGACAGCUAUCACUCAGCAUGAUGCUCUGAGUGACAAAAACGUCAUUAAAGAAAUAAGUCGAACAAUAGAGAACAUGGAAAAAGAACUAGAGAACAGGUUACAAGAAAUUCAGAAGAAUGAAAUGAAGAGAGUUGGACUACAAAAAGAGAAAAUCGAGCUGGAGCUGAUGAAAGAUGUGCUUCAUCCUGAAAGAGAGACAGAGAGGCAGAAAGUCAUGGAGAAGGAAAAACAAAUCAUUCUGUUAAAGGAGAGUAUACUGAUAGAGAUUAACCAACUAAAGAGCAAGAGAAAAGAUACAAACACCAAAUACCUACAAAGGUUGGAGCAGCUCAUCACUGAAACAGCCACAAUUAAAGACAGAAUCAGGCAUGUGACAGACAAAGCUGUACAAACAGUGACAGAGGACAGACAAGAGGGGCAGACUAGAAAAGAGCAGGUGUGGGCUGAUCAAGAAGUGGAGGAAAUUCAGACAGAAGGACCAAUGGAGCAUGCCAGCGCUUCUCUCCAUGUGCUGAUUGAUGAUGGGCAUGAGAGCCUAAGUAGGGAGGCUCCAAGGGAAGCACAAACUACAAAUGUAUUACAAAGACGGCGGCUACUGCAAUGGAUCAGGCAAUGCUGCAGCUACUGUUGUCCAACUGAAACUAAGCAAGAGAAAUGAAGCAUUUUAGAUUCUUGAAGCCAAACUAUUAUUGUUCCUACAAAUCAAAUACAUUAAAAUCUGAACAAGAUUUUAGGUUUAUUUUUUCUUUAUUUUUUCAUGUUGGCUUCAGUUGGCUACUAAACUACUAGAAGCCAAAAUCGAGUGAUAUUGUACAACUUAGUAUACAGCUAAUAUGUUUUUGACUGUAUGUGAGAGAACUUGGUUAUACUUAAUAAUAAUAAUAAUAUUAUUAUUAUUAUUAAUAUUUUCCAUUAACAAUUUUAUCAAUUAUAUUGUAAUGAUCAUCCAUUUAUUUUCAACAGACUACUGACCAAUUUUCUGUUUUUAUCAAUUUUGGAGGGAUGUGUGUGUGUGUGUGUGUGUGUGUAAAGUUCUUAGGUAUAUUUCAUUUUUAUAAACCAAUCUGGUACAAACAUUCAUCUAAUAUACAUUGUUAUUUGUACUAGCCUUUGAUGUUGAUUUGAUGUAUUUUAAUAACACAAUACUGGAAUAGUUUAAAACUUCUGUCAUGGCUCCUUGUGUGACCAGGUUGAAGGUAAAAUGCACAGAUCCUUUAUAUCAUCAUAUACCUGUAUAUGAUGUACCGUAAAGACACGUAGGAUUCAGGUGCUGGUGCCCUCUUAGGUGGUGCUGUCACCAAGAACAACUUUUUUUCUAAUUAAAUUCGAAAGACAGCAUGGUCUCUGUAACUCCCCCAUGAUUUCACAGGACAUACCUGUCGGCUGUAAGUAACUCACGCACCUAGCAUUCAGAGAGCAUGUUCUAGUGUUUGAGAAUGUUGCACAGCCAGUAGUUUGGAAACAGUGUUGGCUACAUGGUUAUCGGAGGAGGCUUGUGCUAGUCUUCACUAUGCCAAGCUGCCAUUGUCUGGUGAUGGGGGAAAGACCUCUGACUAUGCCUUGCAAAAAUAUGAAUCACGAUUCCCUAAAAGCAAGCAGUCUCUACAGUCACGACUUUAAAGUGGAAUAUGGAUGAUGUUGUAAACUUACCUUCACUUACCUUAAUAAAACAGCGAGCUGUGAAACAUUAAUUAACCAGAUUAAAACAUAAUUAGAUAGACAUAGAAACGAGUUAACAGUAUUUAUGUAUGCAAUUACAUAUAUUGGAAUAAAUACAGCAUAAUUUUGA